AAAAUUCGUCAACCAAUGACGGCUGGCAGAGGGCGGGUCUAAGGAGCCUCAUCGAGACACGUACUGAAGCACUGUACGUACGUUAGAAAAUGGACCUUCAUGGACACAGGGCGACGAAGCCAAGGGCGCGUGCGGCUCCUCCUGCUGGUGAACCGAUGCUGUUUGAUGACACCAGUUCCGGGGCCCCCCAGGUGCCCAACCAGGGCUACUACAACUCCUCGUACAACAUGAGCGGGCCUGCGGGCGGAGGGGGCGUUGGCGGGCCCCCCAUGGGCAACAUAUUCAACGACCCCAUGGCCAACGUCGCCAUGGCGUACGGUUCCUCCUUCGCCGACAAGGGAAGGGACAUGGUCAACAAAGAGUUAAACCGGUUUGUUUCAGUGAACAAGCUGAAACACUUUUUUGAGGUGGAUACGAAAUACGUCAUCAAGAAGCUGGUGCUCCUCAUGUUCCCUUACACACACCAGGACUGGGAGGUGCGAUACCACAGAGAUACUCCCCUGCCUCCCCGACACGAUGUGAACGCUCCCGACCUCUACAUACCCUCUAUGGCCUUCAUUACCUAUAUUUUACUAGCUGGGAUGGCCCUUGGAAUCCAGAAAAGGUUCAGUCCAGAGGUGCUGGGUCUGUGUGCCAGCACGGCGCUGGUGUGGAUGGUCAUCGAGGUCUUGGCCAUGCUGCUGUGCCUCUACCUGCUCACAGUGCACUCUGACCUCUCGACCUUUGACCUCAUCGCAUACAGUGGCUACAAAUAUGUCGGGAUGAUCUUCACCGUGCUGUGUGGACUCCUGUUUGGCAGCGACGGCUACUUUGUUGCUUUGGCAUGGAGCUCCUGUGCACUCAUGUUCUUUAUAGUCCGCUCCCUGAAGAUGAAGAUCCUGUCCUCACUAUCGUCCGACUCCAUGGGCGCAGGAGCGAGCGCCAAGCCCCGCUUCCGCCUCUACAUCACCAUGGCGAUCGCCAUCUUUCAGCCCGUCAUCAUCUAUUGGCUGACCUCCCACCUGGUCAGGUGACCUGCUGUGAUGUCUCACACUCAUCAUCACCUGUUGUUGCCAUGGAACUUUGAAAUCAUAUAAUGUCCCUUUGACGACCCGUCGCAAAACUUUUACUACGACUUGCCUUUAUUAGCCAUUGUAUCAGAAUGGCGUGUGUAGAUAUUUGCACGUAGGUGGUCUGUUUUUUGUUUUCUUUUUUUUGGAAAGAGCGUCCAAAAAAGGUUGAUCAAUUUCGCAAAGAAACCCAUAUUGAAUUUGGUACUACAUGCAUAGGAAGAAUGGUUAUCUCCUUGCAAAAAAGUCUUCAAUGUUAAGGGUUUUGUUUUUGUUUUGAAGCAGAAAUGGACAUUUUAGAACCUUGUAAGCUCAUUUUCCAUGAUUGUAUGGCCUAAACUGAAACGGACAGCCGGCAACCAAAAUGAAUGACCAAUGAAAGAAUCUGAGGAGAUUGCAGACUGUUUUGUCAACAUCAAAUACAAAUUUGUAUUCCUCCAUUACCUUCCUGGGGUAUUCCAGGAAGCUGGUUCGGCAGUAAACCAGAGGGGCUAUUCCGAGAAGAUGGUUAAGUGAUAAACCAGGUUAAGCUGCUGUACAGGAAGUGGUAAAUCUGCUAGGAGAUGGCCCACAAGCGUCAUUUAGUUAAUAAAAUGGGGACUCCCAUGGUCUUCUAUUAGAUAAUUUACCACUACCUCAUGGUUGACUUAACCUGUUGUACUACUGAGUCAGGCUCUUGGAAUACUCAAGCUGGUUCAGUAGUAAACCAGGUUAAGUUAACAGUGAGGUAGUGGUAAAUCGCCUAAUAGAAGAGCCCAGUGCUAAUUUUGUUAAUUAGACAAUGCUGGAACUCUAUCUAUUAUUAGAUUUACCUCUUCUUGUAAGUUAACUUGACCAGGUUUAUCUCUUAACCAUGUCCUUGGAAUACCCCCUUGGAUUGACUCUCUCUGCUAAAAUAAUGUGUAUGUUGUGGUGCACACACCUGUAACUCCUUUUCUAUUUAUCUUAUACGUGCUACCAGAAGCAUGAACAGCAGUGUUUUGAUUUUUGUAGUAAAAUAAAAACAGAAUGUUUGAAUUUCA